AUGGGAUUUAGCAGCAUGCUCGUCGCCAUUUUAUUAGGUCUCUGCCGACAAACCAUAGGCCGCGUACUUCCCAUCAACAUUGACCGUUUCCUUAUUUUUCAACGACGAGGAGCAAUGGAUGACCCUCAGGACCUGGACGACCCACAGGACCUAGACGACACAUCGGACCUAGAUGAUCCAUCAGACCAGGAAUUCAUCCCAUAUAUCACAAACCCUUCCCUGUCGGCGACUGACCGGACCGUCUUCGGCACUCGAAAAUGCACAGUCUUUGGCUACCCCUCCACUGGCGGGGUUCUUAUCAAAGAAGCCGAUCUUCUCGAUAUACAUUUUCUAUCGCUCCCGCUCUCUCAUGCAUUGCAGCGCUCAUCCAGUACCGACGAAGAAGACAGAUUCUGUAAUCUUCUGCGACGGACCGGUGCGACGUUCUGGCCAAAUAAGCAAGAUUGGCUCCAAGUACAGGUGGGUUUUAGGAAGGGAACGAAGGAACAAAAGAAGAUAAUGGUAUACGGUUGGCCCACAGAUGGAGUAGGUGUGUGGGUGUUGAGAUUCAAAAGUAUCAAGCAACUGCCAAACGAUUUUGGGAGGAUCCGUUUUGCAAUGAAUAUGGAGCAGAAGAUACAGAUUAUGAGAGAGUAUGGCGCUGUUUUUGUUGAAGAUGCCACGCAGGUGGAGGAGCUAAACACGAUUUGA